AUGUUUGGAAGGAUUUCAACAAAGUUGUGGAACUUCAGAAACCUAAUCUCUGUGGAUUUAAAAAAUAACAGUUUACACGGAGAGCUACCAACGCCAACGGACAACUUUUUUAUGUUCCUUCUUCAUCUCGAUGUGUCUGCAAACAAUCUUUCUGGACAAAUUCCUUCACAGAUUGCUCGGCUGCAAAUGCUACAGUUCCUUGACGUUUCAAAGAACAUGCACAUGCAUGAAUCUGUCUUGGAUGGUGACAUUUUACCCAAAUUUAUGAGGGCUGAUUUUAACACUUUAACACGUAGAAACCCAUCAGACAAAUUUAAGUGUCCCAGUGCUCGCCUUAAUUACAACGACGGACUGGUAAUUUUAGAUCCCAGGUACUACUUUUACCGUCUGUGCAUUUGCGACAUCGGAUACUACGGCUCUGGAAAAGACUGCUUGCCUUGCAUGAAAGGCGCUUCGUGCCACGACCAGAAGCUCCACAGUCAACGAAUGAUUAUGCAUGUGGGUUAUUGGCCAUCAUCACGGGGUGACAAGAACGUUACUCAUCUUGUGAAAUGCGUGCAAAAAUUGGGUGCUGGCUUUCAAGAAAAUACACCGUGCAACCCCUCCGGGACUUGCCACUGUGGAAUUGUCGUUAGCGGAACUAGAUCAGCUACUGUUUGUGAUAAGUCGUGCCUUUGUCGUAAAGGUAGUAAAGACCGUUUUUGUUCACGCUGUCAGGAAGGUUAUUAUAAGCAAGGAAUCUUGUGUCAUGCUUGUCCAAAGUCUGAAAGUAGCGUCUACAUCUUGGCAGCUCUUGUUGUGACCAUGGUGGUUUUAACCGUCGCAUUUUAUUUCUACCAAAAGAAACGUCUUCUUUCCAUUUUAGUCGCCUUUGCUCAAACCAUUAUUUUGUUCGUUUUAGCCAUGUUCCAGUUCAUUCCCGGUUGGUUUCUUGAACUCAAUAUAGUAUACCUUAUUGUUGGUCUAGCUGGAAGAGGAAAAGCAUCAAGAGGGAUUCUCAAGAUCAGCGUCUUUUAUUUCCAAACCUUGGAUGCUCUAAUUUCCGACAUGGAUAUUUGGCCGAAGAAGAUUCUUCAAGCUCGGCGAUACAUGAGUGGUGUGUUUAAUCUUCAGUUUUCAGGUUUUGCUUGUGUUUUUCCAGUUCUAUUUACUCCACUUGGUGAGUUGUUAUCCCUUAUUCUCUUUCCCGUCAUCUGCAUUUUGUCCAUUUGGCUGUAUUUUUCACUUGGGUGUUUGCUUCGUCGACUUUGGAAUCCAUUUGAAAGGUUCUUCCCAUCUCGAAAUACUUGCUUUCACCUUUGCAUUGUAUCUCUUAACCUCACUUAUUUCCCUAUUGUGAAGAAGACUGCCACUGUCUUGGCGCCCUGCGACGAAGACAACAGCUAUCGUUACUUGCGAAAGGCACCGUGGCAGGGAUGUGGAGGUCGCACUUACACCAUCUUGCAAGUGUUUGGUUGGUUCGCCUUGACACUCUAUGUCUUUGGUGUUCCUCUGGGAGUGUUUUUACCCCUUUUAUGGAUAUAUGUUCGGAAAAGAGAAGAACUUGCCGAGGAAGAACAAACUGUCUUAGACAGCUGGCUAGGUUCCAUAUAUCUUCCAUACAAGAAAGACUUUCAUGCCUAUUUUGAGAUACUUUACCUCAUCAGACGCAUGCUAAUUGCAUUCUCGAUUUCUUUGAUCCCGAGAACAUCACCGUAUCAAACCUCUGUAACGAGUUCAGUGCUAAUAGCCUGUCUGUGCUUUCAGCUUUUCUACAGGCCUUUUAAAGAUUCUUACAAGAAAGUUCCGUUAGAAAAUACAGCCGAGACCAUAGUACUUUUAACUUUGCACUUCUCUUUCGUAAACGUCAGGUAUGCGUUGCAAAAUCAAACUGCAUCCACGUCGAUUGUUUGGAUGCUAAUUGUUGUCAAUUUAAUGGUACUGGGUUUUAUAGUCAUUUCUUUGAUCCUGUUGCUUGGUAAAAGAGUCCCCACACAACCUUCAAGAGAACCAACACAUCAUACCUCAGAAGCUUCCGGAGGGGAGAGCGCUGUGCUCAUUGAAGAUGGAGCAGAAGGGCCAACCAAAUGA